CUCCACAUGCUGAGAUUCUGUCUCUUCAUCUGUUUGAUAUACUGGGUGAGGUCAGAUGAGGAGAAAAAAUGUCCUGAAUUUACAGAUCUUAAUAUAGGCAAUGCCUUGUCUGGAACAGAACUCCGAGUCCAGCUACUGCUAUACACAAGGACAAAUCCAGAUUGUUCUGAGAGACUCAUUGAAAACAAUGUCACUGCAUCCGAAUACCUUAAUACCUCCAAGAAAAUGGUCUUUGUUAUUCAUGGCUUCAGACCAACAGGAUCUCCACCAGCAUGGCUAGAUGACAUGAAAGAGCUUUUACUGUCCUCAGAGGAUAUUAAUCUCAUUAUAGUCGAUUGGAAUCGUGGUGCUACAACGGUGAAUUAUAUAACUGCUGUUGAAAACUGCAGAAAAGUUGCAGAAAUACUGAAGAAAUAUAUUGACCAAAUGCUGGUAGAUGGAGCUUCUCUUGACACCAUGUAUAUGAUUGGUGUUAGUCUUGGAGCUCAUAUAGCUGGUUUUGUUGGCCAAAAGUAUAAUGGCAGACUUGGCAGAAUUACAGGUCUUGAUCCAGCAGGCCCUUCGUUCACACGAGAACCACCAGAGAGAAGACUGGAUUGUACUGACGCCCAAUUUGUUGAUGUAAUCCAUUCAGAUACUGAUGCACUAGGUUUCAAGAAACCUUUAGGAACCAUUGAUUUCUAUCCAAAUGGAGGAACAGAUCAGCCUGGCUGUCCACGAACACUAUUUGGUGGACUUCAGUAUUUUAAGUGUGACCACCAAAGAUCUGUCUUCCUGUUCUUAUCAUCUUUAAAAAGAAAGUGCGACAUAAUAACAUAUCCUUGUGACUCUUACUUGGAUUACAAGAGAGGGAAGUGUGUUGAUUGUGAAGCUUUCCAGCCAAUGUCCUGUCCAGUACUGGGUUAUUAUGCUGAUAGAUGGAAAAAACUAUUAAUCCCAAAGUCUUCACCAACAAAAGCUUAUUUUGAUACCACGGACCAAGACCCAUUCUGCAUGUAUAAUUACUUAUUGGAUAUUACUACCUGGAAUAAAAGCAUUAGGAGAGGCUUCAUUAAUAUUAAAAUAACAGAUUAUGAUGGAAACACAGUAGAAUCAGUGAUGAAUAGUGAAGCUUCAACAUUUCAGCAAUACAAAAGAGUCAAAAUUCUAAGUGGAUUUUACCGUGACCUUGAGAAAAUAGCAAAAAUAUCGUUGACCUUUUCUACAAAAACUUUAAUAGGCCCGAAACACAAGCUUAGAAUUCUCCAGAUGAGGCUGAAAUCUCUUAAUAAUCCGGAAAGGCUGCAGCUGUGUAGAUAUGAUUUUGUACUGAUGGAGAACGUCGAACUGACCUUCAGACCUAUCCCUUGCCCAGAGAGGAGUGCAUGAAGAGACAGCAUCCACUAACUUAAUUUCUCUUACCGCAGUGACAUUUUGAUUCUUCCUCAGGAUAAAGAUUGCAUUGAGACAGGAAAUGGGAUAAGCUAGAUUUAUUUUCAAGAGUCUAUCUGGUAAUAUGCAUUACUGUCUUUUGAGUGCCUGAGGGUGAAAUUAAUUGAAAAGUUCAGAUAUCCAUGUAUUUGGGAAAUGUUAAUAAAGUAAAUGUAUCAUGGUGGAGGACAUGCAGUGGUCUAUUCAUUAUUAUUUGCUAGCAGUGGAGCAACUACUGAAUUAAAUAUGAAUUAUCUGCAUAAUCCUGGCACAGUAUUUG